AUGACAGCGCUUACACCUUUGAACCGAGCCGUACUUGGACUUGCGUGGAGCUGUUUGAGUUUUCUGUCCUGCGCUCAUUGCGGCUUAAGUGACAACCAUGUGCACUCCAGUUUUAUUUACAGGAGGUUGCGCAAUCACGAACGCAGGGAGAUCCAGAGAGAGAUCCUCUCCAUCCUGGGCUUGCCUCACCGUCCGAGGCCCUUCUCUCCCGGGAAGCAGGCGUCCUCCGCGCCGCUCUUCAUGCUCGACCUGUACAACGCGAUGGCCGUGGAGGAGGAGGUGGGGGAGGUGGAGGGGGUGGGGGUGGGGGUGCAGCAGGGCGCAGGGAAGAGCUUCAGUGCCAAGGUUCAAGGGCACUCCAGGAAAGGUUACUACAGCCCCCAGCAUGCCGGGUACUCCCGUGUGGCACAGCCUUACCGAGCGGCCCCUCUGUUAGGCCACAGCCCCGCACUCACCACAGCGCACGACACCAACUUUCUGAAUGACGCCGACAUGGUGAUGAGUUUUGUCAAUUUAGUGGAGAAAGACAAAGAUUUUUCCCACCAACGAAGACACUACAAGGAGUUCCGUUUUGAUCUGACUCAGAUCCCAGAUGGAGAGGCGGUGACUGCUGCAGAGUUUCGGAUCUAUAAGGACCGCAGUCAUGCCCGCUACGACAACAUCACUCUGAAGGUUUCCAUUUAUCAAGUCAUCAAGGAAUAUCAAAACAAAGAUGCAGAGACGUUCUUGCUUGACUCCAAGAAGGUCCAGGCGUCGGAUGGGGGCUGGCUGGUGUUUGACAUCACGGCAACCAGUAACCACUGGGUGAUGAACCCACAGCAGAACUUGGGCCUGCAGCUCUGUGUGGAGACAGUAGAUGGACGAAGUAUCAACAUAAAAUCUGCUGGAAUCAUUGGGAGGAACGGGCCUCAGUCCAAGCAGCCCUUCCUGGUUGCUUUCUUCAAGGCCAGCGGGGUGUUACUUCGCUCUGUCAGAGCUGCUGGUGGGAAGAAAAAGAACCACAAUCGCAAUAAAUCCACCAAUCAGCAAGAAUCAUCUAGGGCGCCAAAAACUGGAGAUUACAACACCAGUGAACAGAAGCAAGCCUGUAAGAAGCAUGAACUUUAUGUCAGCUUUCGAGAUUUGGGCUGGCAGGAUUGGAUCAUUGCACCUGAGGGCUAUGCAGCUUUCUACUGUGAUGGUGAAUGCUCGUUUCCACUCAACGCACACAUGAACGCAACAAAUCAUGCAAUUGUGCAAACCCUGGUCCAUUUAAUGUUUCCUGACAAUGUGCCAAAGCCAUGCUGUGCCCCAACCAAGCUCAACGCAAUAUCAGUACUUUACUUUGAUGACAGCUCAAACGUUAUCCUCAAGAAAUACAGAAAUAUGGUCGUUAGGUCUUGCGGUUGCCAUUAG